AUGUCCAAUGGACGUGAUUCUCUGGAGGCGGAAGCCAAGGAUGCUACCCCAGGCGCGGUGCCAAGUGUCAUCGGUACCUCGCGCGCUUCGAAUGAGAGUACUGCCUCGGGCGUUCAAACGUCUUAUGGUAGCUCUUCAUCUUCGUCGAUGAUGUCACUUGGACAACGAGUUGGAGCUCUAGCGCUUGUGGCCCAGAGAGCCGGUGGCUUCGCAGCUGCCGGUGAUCUUGGAUUUCAGGCCACCCGGACAGUCAUCCCGUCGCGUAUUGUGUCAGUCGACCAAGAUGACGUUGAGAUGGCAUCGUCGGUGCACUCUGACCCAGAGAUCGCACCCAGGAAGGCCGGUCUCCCCAGGAUUUCAGCCACGACUUCCGAGCCGAAACUCAGGGUUUCUGCCCUGAUUGCUGGAUUUGGUGGUCCAAGGGAUGUCAGCGCCGAUGAGCGGAGUCAACACCAGAGCUCUAAGAGCGAGAAAAUCAUCUGCGUCGAGCCGCUCGAGUGGAUCCAGGAAUCUUGGCAGGAGUGGCAGGCCCGCAUGGAACAGGAGCAACGCGAGUUUCUCGCCAGAGAACGCCUGGAUGCCUUGGAGCGCGAGCGCCUCAAGGAACAACGCGACCUGGACGCGCGUCGCCAGAUCCAGGAACUUACGGAUCACUUGGUCCACGCCGAGAUCGCCCGAGGAGAAGCGGAACGGCGUGCAAAGGACGUGGAGUCUCGCCAGACCCAGAGUUCCACUGAAACUCAGGGGAUGACCCAGAGUAUCACGGAAGCUGUACGUCUUGAGCGUGAGCGCCUGGAUGCCGCCUACGCCGAGCGCUGGCAACAGCACGAAGCCGAAGCCGACUCGGAGCGCGCGCGCUGGGUUUCCGAGACCUACGCCGGCUGGAAAGAACAAAUGUCAACUAUGGAGCAGAAGGUCCAAGAACUUGAGGCGGAGAGAGAGCGAGAGCGGGUGUCUUCCGAGAAUAUCCAGCGCUUCCAUGCUGGCCAAACUUCCGCCGACACUUCCGGCAGAAUCGCGCGCGUCAAGCGGGGACAUGGCACUACGGAGACCAAGGUGACGCAGGAUGUCAAGCUCGAGCCUGUGUCUCUGGGGAAGAUGUCGGAUCCCAGGAGAACAGCGACCUUUAAGGCCUCGCAGGACUCUAAAACAGACUCCAAGCGCUCUGCACCCAAGAAACACCAGCAGAAGAAGAAGAAGCGUCAGGAUGUCAAUCCACCUUCGGACUCAGACCCAAGCUCCGAUUCCAGCGACGAUGACUCGUCCUCUGAGAGUUCGGAUGACAGUUCGGACGGGAACCCUGGGGUUAACCUGACGACGGCCUCUACGGCUCAAGCUGGCACUACGCUCCUGACGUUCAGACCGUACAUCAACUCGAAUACUCUGGGUGCGUAUACUCUGGGAAGAAGUACUGCAAAGCGCGCUCGUCGUACUCUGAACGCUAUUCACGAUGGAGAUGAAGAACUCAGAGAGCGCCCUGGAUUUCUUCUAUCGUCUGAAUUCCGGAAGGCUGACAUUGACUUUCGCAAGUCUUCGAAGCGUCUGGAGAAGCAUAUCCGGAGGUUCAUCACGAAACUCAGGGACACGCGCCUCAAGACGUCGUUGCAGGGCCAGAGAUUCAGGAGUAUCGCUGAUCUAGAGUACGCUCUGGAACAGGACGAAGAGGUCUGA